AUGGCGCGGAUUGUGGGAUGGCAGGCGCUCUUAUGCCUCUUCUUGAUGCUGCAAUUGGCCGCAACUCAGGACUUUCGAAUGCUGAGACGCGUCGACAAUUCCAUAACAACCCCCACAAGAUCUGUAUCCAGUCCGGAACCAAGCUCGAAGCACUCGGUUACUGGGAAAACGGAUGAGCCCAAGAAAGCGGAUGGCUCGAGAGGGCCAGUCACAACAAAGGCUCCCGACGUUACUUCUUCCACAUCAGCAAUCCAAACCACCCCUACUGUGACCGCCUCAAGCAGUUCUGAGAACUCGCCCUUCUUCAACUCCACGAUCCCAGCGGGCCAUCUACCAAUUCAACCUGUCAUAACUCCAGGAUGGGGUGUUGCCGGAGUCAUCCUGAUACUCACUGGUCUCGUAUACACCCUUGUAGGCAUCAAAAAUCGCUGGAUCAAUUGCUUCUUUUCAACCGCCUUCCUCACCGCGCUCGGUAUCUCAGUCCUCAUUGUCUACAUCAUGACCAUACCCGUCAGCACAGCUAUUCAGGGAGCAUAUGUUGUGGCAGUCACCUUGUCUGGUUGUGCGCUGGGCGCAGCGUCGCUGAUCUUCAAAGAGUUGACCGAGGGGCUGGGAUGUGCCUUCGGCGGCUUUUGUCUCAGCAUGUGGUUCCUUUGUUUGGCACCGGGAGGCCUGCUCCAUGAUACGCUUGGUCGAGCCAUCUUCAUCUCCUGCUUCUCUGUCGGCGCUUUUGGCUUUUACUUCAGCCGAUACACCCGCGACUGGGCCAUGAUCAUCUUAAUGUCUUUCGGAGGCGCGACAGUAAUGGUCCUCGGCAUUGACUGCUAUAGCAGGGCCGGGCUUAAGGAGUUCUGGGCCUAUAUAUGGAACCUCAACGAUGACCUGUUCCCCCUGGGUGCAGACACUUAUCCCAUCACAAGAGGUAUUAGAGUCGAAACGGCGGCUAUCGUGAUAAUUUGCCUGAUUGGUGUCGUUUCUCAGGUGAAGCUUUGGAAAGUUGUUCGAGAAAAACGCGAAAGGAAGGCCGCGAGUCUGGCGGAGGGACAGAGACACCUGGAAGAGGAAGAGGAGAUCGUUGGCCGCAAUAUCGAGGCUCAAGCAGCACGGGAACGAAUCGAGUGGGAAAAAGUAUACGCAGGCAGAGUCCUGAUCAAAAGCAACGGCAGUACCGAGUCACACUACUCCAACGGCACCGAUGGCGGCAGCAACAACAAAAACCGUCGAGACAGAAACUCCGAAUCCGUCCAUACAGGCUCCAAGGAUGACUGCAUCGAGAUGACCGACCUUUCGGACUCCAACGUAGCGCAGUCUCGAGCCUCCGAGCUCAUACACUUCGAGAUGGCCAAGGGUGGAAAAGUCACGGUGCGAGUGGCCGCGGAUGAAGUGAUCGAGGCCCCAAGCGACAGCGAACAUGGCGCGACCAACGAGGAGAUCCCAGGACCGGACACAACAAGACAAAAUGACGACGGAUCGACUUCACAGAAUGAUGAGGCAGAGGCUCGCCGCAGCUCUCGUCGAAACCAUGUCACGGCAGUCCCCGAAGUUGUGCCUCUGCCUUUCAAGGUGCCAACAGACGACGACCUGAAGUCAAUCGGUGACCGAUCGUCUGUUGCAACUUUUGCCGACGAUGAACCUAUUGCGCCUGAGGAUCUCCCGCGAGAUUCGCUUGUCAGAAGGGUCUCACAAAGCUCAAUCACGCUUCUCAGAAGUUUGUCUCAGCGGAAGGCGAAAAAUGUGUCCCCUGAGACUCAGCCGAAGGGCGGCGAAAGUUCCGAGGAAUUAGUUGAUCCGAAGUUUACUGCACAGGAUGACGCCCGAUCGUCUGUAGCUGCUACCGUCGACUACGAGAGCUCAACUGAUGAUCUGCAAAGCUCCAUACUUGGCAGUGACGGUCGAAAGAGCAUUGAGAUCACUGCAGAGCUAGGAGAAGCUGAAGGAGCCCCGGAAUCAAAGCAGAUGGAUGACGCAGUUACUGAGACAAAUGAUGGCAAGAUACACGACGACACACCCCAAGAACAGCCCCAACAAGAUAUAGACGAAAAAGCUUCUGUGGCUCGUGACCCGGAGUCCACAGCUGCUGCAAGCAAUGCAGUAGAAACAAGACGUUUGGAGCCUACCGACAAAGCCACAUCUCUUUCCUCAGCGACCUCGAACCUUGCCAGUUUGACCAAGGAUCGAUUGCCUGAAUCCCUAUCCAGAGUUGCCCUCUCAUUUAGGACGAACGAGUGGACCAAGCAUCUCAGCAAUGCGGAAACUCCCGAGCCCGAAGCCAUCUUGAUCGAACCGUAUGCUACUGAGAAUGAUGUCGAGGAAGCUCCUCGAUAUGUCGACAUCGAGGACCUCCAAAAGACUGCCACCGGCGAUGUUAUACCCCCCUCGCCUGCGCAGCGAUCAAAAGCACAGUUGAUACAGGGCCCUGCUCUUCAGCCAGAUUCCAAAGGCCGUAAGAUACGACACGGUCUGUCCAACGUCCUUGUCUCAGCUGCAGAACCCUUAGAUGCCCUUAGCCCUGGCGCGAGCCCGGGGUCGUCUCCAACAGAAGUGACUAUGCAGCCAGGCUCAGCAACCAUGCGACGCACUUCCUCAGGAUUUGCACCGAUCGUCGAAGAGCAAAACGGAUUACGGGGCGCCAGCGUACCAUAUCCUGCGGAAGCCAUGCAGCAAGACAACUUCCAAUUGAACUCGACGCCUUUCAAACCGAUGGUGCCCCGUGUUGUUUCUUUUUCUAAUCCAAAUACUCUCCUUGGUCAAAGAGAAUCUGUCCUGCGGAGCAGGUCACAGGGUAAUCUUGUUUCUCACCUUGCUGAGAUGCCCGUUGAUACACGCGGAUCCGUCGGUGAUGCAGACUCUGUCUACAACUAUCCGGCCUACAACCGAGCAAUCAGUCCCGACCCUGACGACCUCCCCCUUAAUCGACGGCGAGAAAUGCUACGCCAGAGCAGCAGCAUGACGAUCUUACCGCCUUCAAACUUACCGCCUUCAAACUUCCGGCUGAAUCGCUCAAGUAGUGGUAUCGAGGUCGCCGGCAAUACGCAAUUCAACUCACAUCAGCCGAAGAGAGACUCCUCAGUCUCUCUGGUAGCCCGGGAGACAAGGCUGGCCCAUUUUAGACAGUCAUUAGCCCAUGAUCUUCAAUCAACGACCCCAGGUGUGCCCCCCAACAUGGGACGCGAGACGCCGUUCGCAUCGACGACUACGCUUCUUGAUGAUAUGAACACACAGCGCACCGUGUUGAUAGAAAAGAGGGAAGCUGAGCGGCAGAAGAGAGAGAUGCAGAAGCGAGAAAAGGAAUGGCAUGACCGCAUGUUUGACAGCCGCAUGCGAAGCGGCGACCUAUUGGAAGCCCAUCGUGAGGUCAUACGAAAGAUGCAGAGCUCUGCGAGAGAUGCGUGA